GCUCGAACCCACGGACAGUGAGAUUGUGACCUGAGCUGAAGUCGGACGCUCAGCCGACUGAGCCACCCAGGCGCCCCAGUGCAUAAGGAUUUUAAUUGCUUCCUCUUGCCCAUGGCCCAAUGGCCCAUCACAAGUGUGAGGGACUGCCACACAGGAGUCUUUGUUCUACUUAAAUGUCUCCCCAGAAGAGCUGGGGCCACCUGCUGUGUUCAGGGCCAUCUUGGGACUUCACCCCAAGUUCUCCUCCUUGUUGAUUUUUGCCUUCCUUUUCCAAAAGUUUUCAAACAUACACAUCAGAAGAGAGACCUGUACAAUGAGCCCUUUGCAACGGUCACCGGUUUCAAUAAUCAACAGCGAUGUCCUGUCUUGUGUCACCUCCCCCAUUUUUUUUCCCCCUGGUAUAUCUUAAAGCAAAUUCCAGUCACCGUAUCAUUUCACCUAUAAACACUCCAGUAUGUAUAACAGAUAAAGAUGUGCAAGAACAAAACCACAAUAUUGUUACCACGUUCAACAAAAUUAAGAAUUAUUAUUAUUUAAAAAUUUUUUUUUAAUGUUUAUUUAUUCUUAAGACAGAGACAGAGCGUGAACAGGGGAGGGGCAGAGAGAGAGGGAGACACAGAACCCGAAACAGGCUCCAGGCUCUGAGCUGUCAGCACAGAGCCCCAAGCGGGGCUCAAACCCACGAACCUUGAGAUCAUGACCUGAGCCGAAGUCGGACACCCAACCGACUGAGCCACGCAGGAGCUCCAAGAAUUAUUAUUAAUAUAAUUUAAUACCCAGUCCAUAUUUAUUUUUUCCCAAUUGUCUCCAAAAAUGUCUUUUCACUGUUGAUUUGAUCGGAUAUCAGGAUUCCCAAAGGUUCGUAUUACAUUGGAUUGUAAAGUCUCAGGUGGUUUUGCAUCAGCCUGUUUUGACAUGUUCUGUUUUCAGUGGAAAUGGUAGAAAAAUGAGGAAGCCCUUACUUCCUGAAAGUCUCUCCAACUCACUUCCCUGAACCCUUUCCAAAUAACACAAAACAAACAUGUCCUUUUUUGGGUGUCUUUAAAUGACAAAAAGAGUUCCCCCCUUUACAGCAGUUUUGAAAUGAAUGAGCUCCUCUAACAGCUUUCAAAACCCAACAAUCAUUCAGGAGAAGAAGAAGAAGAAGAAGAAAAGCAGGAUUUGCUUUAGUUCUUGUUUUUGAGGGGAAAAAUUCCUGGGAACUUUGUCCUUUUCAGAAAGACUUUUUUUAUGCCCUCCCACCUGCUUUUCAAAAUCCACCAACCACAAAAUUUACUCCAUCCCCCUUUUUUCUCUCUCCCUUACACACUCCCUCUCUCUUUUUAGCAGCAACAUAUAAGCCGGCCAUAUUAGAGAGAUGGAAAUAAAGCUUCCUUAAUGUUGUAUGUGUCUUUGAAGUACAUCUGUGCAUUUUUUUUUAGCAUCUAACCAUUCCUCCCUUGUAGCCCUCGGCCCCUCAAACCACCCUCUCCCAUAUCCCACCCGACUAACAUCUCAGUCUCUGAAAAUGCACAGAGAUGCCUGGCUACCUCGCCCUGCCUUCAGUCUCACGGGGCUCAGUCUCUUUUUCUCUUUGGUGCCACCAGCGUGGAGCAUGGAGAUCACAGUACCUACCACCCUCAACGUCCUCAAUGGCUCUGACGCCCGCCUGCCCUGCACCUUCAACUCCUGCUACACGGUGAACCACAAACAGUUUUCCCUGAACUGGACCUACCAGGAGUGCAGCAACUGCUCUGAGGAGAUGUUCCUCCAGUUCCGCAUGAAGAUCAUCAACCUGAAGCUGGAGCGUUUCCGAGACCGCGUGGAGUUCUCGGGGAACCCCAGCAAGUACGAUGUGUCGGUGACGCUGAGGAGCGUGCAGCUCGAGGACGAGGGCAUCUACAACUGCUAUAUCAUGAACCCGCCCGACCGCCACCGGGGCCACGGCAAGAUCUACCUGCAGGUCCUCAUGGAAGAGCCCCCUGAGCGGGACUCCACGGUGGCGGUGAUCGUGGGCGCCUCCGUGGGCGGCUUCCUGGCGGUGGUCAUCUUGGUGCUGAUGGUAGUAAAGUGCGUGAGGAGGAAAAAAGAGCAGAAACUCAGCACGGAUGACCUGAAGACAGAGGAGGAGGGCAAGACAGACGGAGAGGGCAAUGCGGACGAUGGCACCAAGUAACGCGGCGGCCCGGCCGCCCCUCCCUCGCGUCCUGUCUUCUUCCCCCUGCCCCGCACCGUGUGCCCUGCCUGCCCUCUCUUGGUGUGCUUCUCUUGAACCAGGCUCCCAGUGCCGACCCGGGGCCCCCCGAGCCCCUCACUUCGCGUCCCCCACCCCGCACCAAGAGUGACCCACCUCUCUUUCAUUCGGGGGAAACCUGCCAUGGGGUGUGGGACACGUGGGCCCUGGGGGAGGGGGAAGUGGGCUCCAGACUGCCGGUCCCGGAGGGGAGGCAGGAGGCCUGUGUGAGGGUCCUGGAAAGAGAGGCGGGGAGGGUGGGCAGUGGCGGAGGGGGAGGUCAGCUGUCCAGCCUGCCCGGUUUGUGGACUGGUCCGGUGGGGCCUCAGGGAGGAUCGGCGGGUGGCAGAGGGGCUUUCCUGUGCUGCCUCGAGAAAGCCUGGGCGGUGGCAUCGCCGUGCUCCCCGGCUGCUCCAGGCCGGGUGGCCCGGUCAGGCUGGGGUGCCGAUGGGUCCUGUCAUUUGGGUGGAGGCCACGUUGAAGGGAGGACCGUGCAUUUCCUGGGCACUGAAGGCAAGCAGGGGCUGGGGGCAGGUGGAGACGAGCCUCGGCCCAGGAAACUCUGCUCUUACCCCCUCUCCGUCCAUAGCUGCUACCAGGGAAGCCUCGGGGGUUUUCUGGCAGCUGCCAAUCCCUCGGGAGUUUUGGUGGGCAUUGCACAGAGAGUCACUGAGCUGGGUCAUGGGCGGGUUGUAGCGUCCCAGGUGGCGGUCAUGUCCCACCAUAGUCGCCCACUAACAGGAGACAAAUUUCGAAGCCGGCUAAGGUCUGAAGGGGCAGGGGCUCCAUUGUGAAGUGGAGUUGGCCUCAGGCUGCCUUCUCCCACAGGCUGACCACCCUCACUCCUCCCAGGCUGGGAGCGGCCAAGGUGGGGGGCUAAGGAGGGGUGGGAGCCAUGAUGGGGGAGCCGAUGUGCAGAGUGGGGGCUUCGUUCAGGCCUUCCAUUCAAACUUUCCCAGUUAGCAGGGUUUGGGCUGGCUUUUGGUAGAAAACAGGGAAGGAAACGCCCUGAGGGAAGUGUGAGGGGGCUCCUGGAGCCUCUGAGAUCCUGUGGUCGCUCCCACCCUUCCUGCCCCAGGGCCUCCCUCUGUGGGGAAGAAAGUAGCGUUUAUGGAGAGCCAACUUUCACUGCCAUUAUACUCACAUCUGGAAGGGACUGAUUAUUUAAGCCUCAGGAGAGGGAACGAGACAGAGAGAAGCUGCCGACGUGGACACUACCUUGGAAGACCCUCAGAGACCAACCAGGCAAGCCACUCACAACAAAUGGGGAAACUGAGGUUCAAACUGGCAGAGACCGAGGGUCCCGCCGUCUCCUCCUCUGGCUCCUCAAUCUCCAGUUUGACCCAACAGAGCCAUAGUUUUCUGGGUGGGAAGAGCUUCUGCGGGCUGGUCCACGAGGGAGGUGAGGUGAGGGAGACGGGCUGUCCAGGCCUGCUGCUGUCCCAGGGCGGCAGCUUCAGGCUGUGAUUGAG